UUUUGCUAUACACAUAUUUUUUUUGUUCCAAUUUGAGAUCUUCGCAUCAGCUUGUAUAUUAAAUUAUACAAUUCCUGUAACCAAUCUAAUUUAUAAAAGUCAAUAUAAACGAGCAAUGAAAAAGUCAUAGGACGUGGUACCCAAGGCAACGAAGAAAUGCAUAAAUAGGAUAUAAAAAUUGGCAUUUCUCUAAUCCCAUCAUCAUUAUCAUCAUCAUAUAUACCAUGAAUGAACCCUCCAAUUCGAUCAUAACCUAAACCAUUCAACAAUGGCUCCCACUCCAUUGCUGGGCCCACCGGAGCUCCGCGACCCUAACCCUACCCUCAGACCCAUCUCCUCCUCCGGACCAAGCAACCCUUUCGUGGACCUCAUGGUCUCCAACUUCAACAAGUCAACCAGAGUCAACGCCGUCGAUCCAUCUCCGGCGAUGGGUCACACCGAGAAAGGCUCCGCCACUUACCUCUCCGCCGGGAACCCAUGUCUCGACUUCUUCUUCCACGUCGUCCCGACCACGGACAAAGGCUCGCUCGAGCAACGGCUCCAGAACGCGUGGGACUACGACGCGCCGACCGCGCUCAAGCUCAUCUGCCACCUCCGUGGAGUCCGUGGCACUGGAAAAUCCGACAAGGAAGGGUUCUACACGGCGGCGAUGUGGCUACACGGCCGUCACCCGAAGACUCUCGCCUGCAAUCUCCACUCUCUCGCCCAAUUCGGAUACUUCAAGGACUUCCCCGAGAUUCUGUAUCGGCUUCUCGAGGGAUCUGAUGUAAGAAAAAUCCAGAAAUCGGAGUGGAUGCAGAGGAAGAACGGAUCUGGGAGACGUGCCGGUGGUCGGAGAGCUCCGUUCUCGGUGAAUAGAUCGGGAUUACCGUACCGAGGUCGAGGUCGAGGUCGAGGCCGUGGCAAUGGCGGAAGCUUCUUCGAUGGAAUUGGGAAGACGGGAGGGAGGAAGAAGAAGCCGGCGGCAACGAGGGAACUGAGGGUAGCGAACGCGGAGAAGAGGAACCAAGCGGAGAAAGCGAGAGCGAGCAUGGAGAGGAAGCAGAGGAAGAUAACAAUGGCGAACAAGGCAGUGAUCAGAUACUCUCACGACCCAGAUUACCGAUUCCUCUACGAACGCGUCACCGACCUUUUCGCCGAUCAUUUGAAACGAGACCUCGAGCACUUGAUCGCCGGAGAGACGAACAGAGUCUCCCUCGCCGCGAAAUGGUGUCCCUCGAUCAAUUCGUCGUUCGACAGAUCCACUCUGCUCUGCGAGGGCAUCGCCAGGAAGAUGUUUCCUCGCGAAUCGAGCCCAGAAUACGAAGGAAUCGAAGAAGCUCAUUACACGUAUAGAAUCCGCGAUCGGUUCCGGAAAGAUGUUCUCGUCCCUCUCCGGAAAAUCCUCGAGCUCCCGGAGGUGUUCAUGGCGGCGAGAGACUGGAAAUCUCUUCCGUACAACAGGGUUGCUUCCGUCGCCAUGAAAACGUACAAGGAGAUAUUUCUGAACCACGACGCGGAGAGGUUUAAGAAGUACCUUGAAGACGCGAGCACAGGGAAGACGACGGUGGCGGCCGGAGCUCUGCUUCCUCACGAGAUAAUCGCGGCGUUGGACGACGGCGACGGCGGAUUAGUGGCGGAGCUGCAAUGGAAAAGGGCGGUCGACGAUCUGAAGAAGAAGGGUUCGCUGACGAACUGUAUCGCCAUCUCCGACGUGUCGGGAUCCAUGGAAGGUACUCCAAUGGAGGUCUCCAUCGCUCUGGGUCUACUCGUCUCGGAGCUGUCAGAAGAUCCAUGGAGAGGGAAAUUGAUCACAUUCAGCGAGAACCCAGAACUACAAUCGGUCCAAGGAUCCGAUCUGAGGGCGAAAACAGAGUUCGUGAGAACAAUGAACUGGGGAUCGAACACAGAUCUCCAGAGGGUGUUCGAUCUGAUUCUGAGGGUGGCGGUGGACGGAGAUCUGAAACCGGAGCAAAUGGUCAAAAGGGUUUUCGUGUUCAGCGACAUGGAAUUCGACGACGCCAUUGGAGGAGAUCCGAGCCGGUGGGAGACGGAUCACGAAGCGAUCAAGAGGAAAUACAGGGAGAAAGGAUACGGAGAAGCAAUUCCAGAGAUGGUGUUCUGGAAUCUGAGGGAAUCUAGGGCGAUUCCGGCGAAGGGGAAGGAGCGAGGAGUGGCAAUGGUGAGUGGGUUCUCCAAGAAUCUGAUCAAAGUGUUCUUGGAUUCCGAUGGAGAGAUCGAUCCCAUGCGUAUAAUGGAGGCCGCCAUCUCCGGCGAGGAGUACAAGAGCCUCGUCGUGAUCGACUGAAGCGUCUCCGAAUAUUUUAUCUUAUAUAAUUAUAUGCAGAAUCAUGGAGAAAGGAUCGUCGAAUACUAGGGAUUUGAUCUGAACAGUCGUGAGAAUUUGUUGCUUACGAAGCAAAACGAUGACAAUAAUGGCGAUGACGAGAAUAGUGCGCCUUUUCGUUCGUUUAAGAAGAAGAUGCAUCUUUAGGUUUGGACCCAUAAAUUGUGAAUUUUUUUGGGCUUUUCCAUGGAUUUUAACAAAACCAUCUAAAAAUCUAA